AGGCCAUCUCGGCUCAAACACUAGGAGUCGGUAGUGGUGGCUUUUUGCUCUGUCGGUGAAGAUGCUGAGGGGCCUUAAGAAUACGUUGUCCAGAUCGGGCACUGGCAAUGGCUAUGCUGCUGGAAGCGGAGCGCAAGGAGCCUCCGUCAUCAAUGCCAAGGCUGAGGGCAACGAGACUGCCCUUGCCAAGACAGAGAACUCCAGGACAGAUGCAGACGCCACCGGGAAGGAGAUUGAGGUUUCCUCCUCUCUUUCUUGGAGCUUCGAGGAGCAGUGGACGUAUGUCGAAUCCUUGGGAGUGUGCAAGUUGCCUGGGGAGGAGCACAUUUUGCGCUUUUUGGCUGAUAGCCUCACCGCCUCACCCCUACCGGCCCCGUGGGCGAUGCACCGGGAUGAAGAAGGCAAGGUCUUUUACGGCAACACCACCACUGGGGAGACCAGAUGGGAGCAUCCACUCGAGGAUGUGGUCCGCGAACUUGCUGGUGUCUGCAGAGUUUGCGUGUCCCUCUCACGGGCAAUGAGAGAACGCUCAAUUGCUGACUUGCGAGAGACAUGGGAGGGCCAUGCAAAAGAGGAGUUUGCUCAGUGGUACAGCGUGAAAGACUCUUCAACCAGCAAAGAUUACUACUGCAACUCCCUCACGGGCCAGACAAUGUGGGAACAUCCUGCAGAAGUUCUGCUGCCGGGCCACUUCCUGAAGCUGAAAAGUGCCGACAGGCUUUUAGAUGAAGCCUACCUCCAAGACCUUGCGUCCCUUGGAAGCACCCUCAAUGCGAGCACCGGAAGAAGUUGGAACUUAAUGAAGCGCACGCUCGAGUCCAAUGCUUCCGCAUCCACGGAGGCCGGGUUGAAUGAGGAGUCGGCGAAGGCCAUAAAGGAAGAAUUGGCCAUGAGGAACUUGGAGCUGCAAGCAGCACGAGAGAAUGAGAAAAAGGUCAAGGCUGACUUUGACGCCCUUGUCGCACGAUUUGAGGAGCACAAAAAGUCCAUGUCUGAAUCAUCCAGCAGGCGCAAAGAACUUGAGGCUGAGCUCUUGCAGGAGCAACAAAGAUUAGCUUCUGCCUUGUCAGAGUGUGAAGCCUGGAAAAAGCAGGCGACCAGCAAAGACUCUGCUGGUGCGGAAGCGAUGCAAGAAAGGAUUGCCUUGCAGGUUGAACUGGAUGCACAACGACAGCGAGCAACAGAGGCUUUGACCGAGUGCGAGGCGCUAAAGAAGCAGGCCUCUGACUUGAGCACGAAGAGUAGCUCCAACGAGUCGGCCAAGAUCGAGUUGCAGGCUAUGCUUGAAGCAGAGCGCCGGCGCACGCAAGAGGUUUUGGCCGAGUGCACCACCCUCAGCGAGGCAACCAAAAGAGGAACCGCAGUGGAGUCUGAGAAGAAGGAAAUUGAGGAGCAGCUCAAGGUCGAACAGCAAAGAGUCAAGGAGGCAGUGGCUGAGCUGGAAGUUCUCAAGAUUCAGGCUGUCUCAGCCGACUCGGAGAAGCAAAGGAAAGCCAUUGAGGAGCAGCUUGACUCGGAGCGAAAGAAGACCCAAGAGGCUCAUGCCGAGUUGGAAAGCCUCCGUAGCCAGGCGAAGGGAGAGGCUGCCGCAGCGCAGGAAAAGCUCCAAGCAGAGCAGCAGCGUGCUUCCCAGGCUCAGUCACAGCAACAGGUGCAAUGCGCUGAGCUCCAGGCGCAGAUUGUUGCCGAGCGAAAACGUGUGGAGGAGGUCUUGGCUGAGUGCGCAAUCCUCAAAAAGGACAAAGACUCAGCACUUGCAGAUGUCGAGGCUGCAAUCGAAGAGGAAAAGCAGCGGGCCGAGCUAAAGGAGCAGUUGAAAGUUGAAAAGGAACGCGCCACAGAAGCAGUCGCAGAGUGUGAGAGGCUCAAGCAGCAGGCACUGGAGAAUGCCAACACCGCUGUGGAGGAAGAAAAGCAAAGGCAAGCGCUCAAGGAACAGCUGGAAGCGGAACAGCGCCGGGCUGAACAGGCCUUCAAAGAAUGCGAAAUGCUAAAAGCAAAGGCACCAGCAGACCUCCAAAACGCCAUAGAGGAAGAAAGACAGCGACAUCAGCUGCAGGAGCAACUUACUGCUGAGCGGAAGCGAGCGGCUGAGGCUUUAGAACAAUGCGCAGCUCUGAAGGCGCAGGAAGCUGAGCGCCAGCGGCAGCAGGAGAAGGCUGCUGCGGAGACUGUAGCAGAGGCCGCAAGGAGGAAAGUUUUGGAGGAGGAACUCGAUGCAGAGCGAAAGCGUGCCAAGGAAGCCAUGUCUGAGGUUCAUGAACUCAAGGCGCAGGCUCGCUUCAACAGUCUGAAGAUGGCGGAGGUCGAAAGUCAAUGCAAGAGUGCUGAGGAGAGACUGAAUGCAGAACGAGGAAAGGUCGAACAGGCCCGCGCAGAGUGCGAGUCGUUGAAGACACAGGCUCUUCUGCAGGACGAACUGUUCAGCUCGACCUCUGGAGUCAAGGCAGACACGGGAGCAGGCGGCGGAGCUGUCGUGAGCAGGGAGCUUCGGGAAGAGAUGAAGAAGCUCCAAGCCGCAGCCAGCCGCGCAGAAGAAGCAGAAAGAAGCUUGCAUGCGAAGCUGGAAAACGUCCAGGCAGAGCUGUAUCAAGAGAAGGCCCGCGCAGACCAAGAAGCAAAGAAGUGCGUCGCUGCUAGGGACGUGCAAGAGGCCAUAAUUCAAGAAAUGAUCUCUGCAAACCAAGAGAAGCGCAGCCUCCGAGAUGACCUGGAGGCAAAGAUUCAAGAGCAGACGCGUCGCGCGAACGACUUUGAGGCCAGGUACAUGCAACUGCAAGCGCAAGAGGACAUUCGAUCACCAUCCCAACAACAGGCGGACAGGACGUUUGUUGACCGCCUCAUGAAAGACAAGGAAAGCCUUGAGAAGGGCACACAGAAAUUGCAAGAGCAGCUUGCCAAGGCCAAUCUUGCCGCCAACGAGCUAGAGGCCAAAUUCAACCAGGAGCGGCUGCAGCUUGAAGCUGCAAAUAUAGAUCGCCAAGAGCUGCUCCAAAGGCAAAAGCUCACAGCCGAGGAAGCGGCCCAAGCGGACAAGGUUUUGCAGCAGCAGAUCAGAUCGGCACAGGAGGCCGAGGUAAAGCUGUCAAACCGGGCAGCUGCACUGAAGGCCCUGAUGGAAGGUGAGCGAGUCAAGGUAGAGCAGCUCACCGAUGGUUUUGCACACGAGGCUGUGGGACAAAGAUCCCAGAAGCACCUGGAGGACCAACUGCAGGAGCUGAGCAGCCAGAUGGUGGAGAUGAGAUCCAUGCUGAGAUCGCAAAAAGUCCCGGAUGGUGCACAGGAUGUGGAGUUGACAAGAGCCUUAAAGGAGGUCUCGGCCGCCAAUGCCCAGAUCCAGACCGCGGUGGCACGCGAGAAGGACGUGCUUGACCGGUCCGGAGCACCAGUCACUCCGAAGGAUGCAAAUGCACCCCCACAGGAUGCUAUGAAGUUCAAGAGGGGCAAAGUACCAAGAGUGCGGGAGUUUCAUGGCAAACUAUGGGCAUCGACAGAUGACACAAUCCAGACAGGGCAAAAGGUCCGCCACACGAUGAUUGAGAGUGCAUUGGUGCGACAACAGACGCAGCUUUGCAAGCAAAUGAUCCAGGAAGUCGAUGCAUGCCGGCUGGCUCAAGCAGUCAAAAUGGCACAGUCCAAGGCCAACCUGAAGUCCCUCAACCUCACGCUUCGUGAAGAGGUUGAGAAAGCACGCCAGGAGAUAAAGUGUUUGGAGGAGCAGGUGAAGCCCGCAUAAGCAUUGCUGGAAGUUCAAGGUCCCAUGUUGGGUGAGAGGGUUUUCCGGCGCAUUUGUUUGUGUUACUGCAAUGUUUAAUGAAUGAAUUCAUGAUGUUUAUAUAUAUAUAUAUAACGGUUUUUUGAGACUCUCCAUGACACCACUGAAGUGCAACAGCUUUCAUUCCAUCGUUGGUUGCUUCCCAAUGUUAGAUUUCACCUUCGUGCGGCGAUUGUGACACCCCUGUGACAGCAUCCAGGUUGGCUGGGCUUUUUCAGCCACAGAGUGUCACCAGAAUAUGUCGUUCUCAGCUUCUGCUGAAAGAAUCCGGUCAAAGCGGUGGAAGAAAACAAUCAC